AUGGCCGAUGGUUUCGAUAGCGAGGUCACGGUCAAUACACGUGCUUUGAUCGACAAGGUUCUGGCACGGUACUCCAGCGAGCACACAACACUACGAGAGUUGAUUCAGAAUGCUGCAGACGCGAAAGCAGAUCAGGUCAUUAUCAAAUUUGAAACCGACCCCUCUCUCACUGUACCUACCCCUCAGGGCGCUGCGGACCCUGUUUUAUUGAAGCACAUCAUCCAGCACCACACGCUCAAGCGGCUUGUCGUCAGUAACAACGGCCAGCCAUUCACUGUUGCUGAUUGGAGUCGUUUAAAGAGUAUCGCUGACGGCAACCCUGACGAGACAAAGAUUGGUGCUUUUGGUGUUGGUUUCUAUAGUGUCUUCGCAGAUUGUGAUGAGCCGUUUGUCAUCUCUGGCGAUAGAACAAUGGCUUUUUACUGGAAAGGCAACAUGCUGUCUACCAAGGCUGCGCCUGUACCCCCGGAACAUACUACAAGAGAUACCAUCUUCAUGCUCGAAUACCGGCAGGCAAACCCGGCUUCUCCUUCGUAUAAUCCGUCAAAGCUCCCAAACUUACCCACUCUAUGUCAGUUCCUCGCGACCAGUCUUACGUUUGUAGGCCUUGAAAGCAUUGAACUCCAUGUAGACGAUUAUGUGGUUGCUUCCUUUACGAAGAAGAUCUCUUCCCCUGAAAUUGUUCGCGUACCACAGGGCUUGAAGACCGAGACUGAAGGAGGGCUGAUGAAGGUGACUGACGUCACACGCCAGCACUCCCAACUCGAUGCUGCUUGGAUGAAUGUGAUUGCUACUGCUCAGCUACCACCCAAGAAAGCAGUCGACCUGGUACAACAAGAGGUGCGCAACGCUGGUUCAAGCUUGCGAAGUUUCUUUUCCAAGUUUUCGGCCCCACCACCAGCAUCCACCAAGACCAUCAAGCCCGCAACUGAAAAACCAAGUGAAAGUGAAGAAAUAGCUGGAGACUCAAAGGGAACAAUUUUCUUGCAAGUGUGCACAGUUGUAGCAGCUACCAAAGUGUCACGAAAUUUUGCGGCAGAGAUUGAAAGAGCAACGAAAAAGUCUCCACCUAAGACUACGAAGAUUGCACUCUUGACAUCUCCUUACCAAGACCCUUCAGCUACUCUAACAACAGGAUCAGGAAGUUCUGCUUCGCUUGCGACAAAGAUCUUUUCGGAAGUUCUUCCAACAAAGUCAGGACGUAUAUUUAUUGGAUUUCCCACGGCACAAACAACAGGAUAUCUUGCUCACAUCUCUGCGCCAUCCCUCAUCCCAACGGUAGAGCGUGAGAACGUGGACAUGAACGCUCGGUACAUAUCCACCUGGAAUAUCGAGCUUUUGCGUGUUGCUGGGUUGGCAUGCCGUAUCACAUACGCAGAUGAAAUGGCAACCUUGCAAGCUCAAUUUGGCAAGGAGUCUUUGGAGACACUGGUCACCAAGACAGCCUAUAUAUUCCGUCAAUACACCGCGAAAUCAUCCCAUCCUUCUACGGCCCUUGGCGAUAAGAUUGACGAAGCUUUCUACAACUGUUCCAAGGAGCGUUCGAUUGAUAUCCUCUCAACCAAGGGCGUUCUGCCAAGCAAACGAGUACGAAUGCCUGCAGAAACCCUCAGCUUCCUUGGAGAAGUGCCUAUGGUUCCUCAAGAACUAGCAAAUGCCGCAUUUGACUUUAUGUUGAAUCUGCAUAAUCGCGGUUUCAUCACCGAGCUCACCAUGCAGGACAUUCGACAAGGCUUGGAAUCGCGCGCGCUAAAUGAAGAAGAGCUUUGCGAGUUUCUCAAAUGGUGUGGAUCUAAGUUGGAAAACGGCGAAAUUGACAUACCUGGCUCGAGGAGUCUAUUCGAAAAUACCGUCGCCAACAUCGACGUCCAGCCAGAAAAAAACUCUGGGAGAAUUCUUGCACUGGGGGAUAUUAGCACAUUCGUGAACCCAGCCCGCAUUGGUCCACACUUGCCACUUCCUCCUGACACGAUACCAUUCACUUUUACACGGGGGAUGACCAUGAAGCAGUUGCAAAUGUUUGGGUGGACGGAAUUGUCAAUGGUACGGUGGUUGCGCCACAUGACUACACAGCCACAGCUGGAGCAAUUCACGACUGAUGAGAACCUUGCUCUAUCAGUACUCACACUGACUUCCAAAUGCUGGGAGCAGCUUGAUGGGACAUCCAGAGACACUGUGAUCAAGAUCUUGACCCCCCACCAGAUCAUGCCUACAAAGAUGGGCAUGCGCCGACCGACCGAGUCGUACUUUCCGACGGUCAAGCUUUUUGACGACCUGCCGACUGUGAAGCCAUUUGCUGGUUCAAAAGAGAAAUUCCUUCUCUCACUUGGGGUGCGGAAAACAAUUGACCUUCCCAUGGUUUUUGACCGGAUGCGCAGCAGCGAGGGAAAACAGGGUGAGAAAUCAGAGCGGCCUUCAUGGAACCACGUUGAUCUCAUUCGAUAUUUCGCAUCCGUCAUCGAUGAGAUUCCGAGAAAGGAUCUUGAUAGAUUACGCGAGACAGCGUUUUUGCCGGGUGAAGGUACGAAUGUCAAACCUGGUCAGCAGUUCAAAGCUUCGGAUCUGUACGCUCCAGAUCCGGCAAUUCUCGUACUGGGCUUGAAUCAGAUCAAGCUGCCGUUCGAGCUCAAGUCAGGUACUCGAGAGGGCUUGCUUCUCCUAAACCUCGGACUACAGCAGUGGCCAGACUCCAUCACUAUCGCAAACAUACUCCACCGUGCUGGCCAGGCAAAAGAUGUGCAGCUCUACACACGCGCCAUGGACUAUUUCUUGGCAAACUACUACAAGAACAAUUACAGUUCAGAGGCAAGCAAGUUUGCUGCCCUCACGCUUCCUAUUCUGCCGACCGAGCAAGCGCCUUUUCCAGCACUGGUCGGGCCGUUCCAGUGUUACACGAAUGAACAUGCAGCGUGCCUAGGUUUCCCGAUACUCAGAAGUGAUCUUCGCAGUCAUGCCGAGAAACUGGGAGUACAUCGUGAUCCAAGUAUCGGCCCUUGUGUACAGUAUCUCAUCAAAACUCCGCCCAAAACCAAGCUAGAUGCUGAGAUGCAAUUUGCUUACUUGGCGUCGCGGGGUUCUGAUUUGGACCAAUACAAGGGGCUGAUACAAAAUUUGGCGGCUGCGAACAUUGUGCCAAUAUUCCGCAAGUAUUACCUUGAUCCUACCUGCAGUGGUUUCGAAGAUCGGUCGAAGAAUCAGACUGGAAAGACAGAGAUGCGCAUCCAUCAUUACGAUGCACCUGAGCAUGUCUUUGUUGGGCGCGAUCAAGAGUACCGCGGAAUUCUUGACUACGUUCAUUAUGGUGCUGAAGCGACGGUCUUCUUGCUCAAAGUCGGCGCAAAGCACGAGCCCACUACACAUGAUUUGGCGUACUUGGUCGCGAAGAACCCCUCUCGCUUCCUCAAUACCAUUGGCCAAGAUAAAUACCUCGAUUUGCUCAGGAAGCUAGCAGAGCACGCCGGCACUCUAUGGAAAGACAAGGAGCUGGUCAAGGCACUUGUAGCUUCCAGGCUGCUCCUCGGAUACCGUGAUAUCAAGGAAGAUACAAAGAAGGCCGAAGCAGGUGACGAAGACAUGGACGAUCUGGAUGAGGACAACGUGCAUCGUGAAUGGUCGUUGAACAAAGCCAACGAGAUUGUCAUCAUCGACAAUGUUAACUACAUGACGAGAUUCCGUGACUUUAUCAUUGCAGCACCUCAGGAGGAACUUUUGGAGGAGUUUUACGCUCGCUUUGGUGUGCAAAAGGUUUCUGAUCUUGUUAAGACCGAUCAACGUAUCGGGACAGUGGUGCGCGACCAGACACCAGCACAGGAUCUGCGACGAGACAUUCUCGAGCGUGUGCGCCUCUUCCUCCACGAGUAUGAACGCGAUGCUUCUUCAAAGGCAAUCAGACACGAUGCUAAAUGGCUUGGUUCGAACUUGACUGUUCAGUGCGUGUCUGAUAUUUCCAUUCGAUACUCGCUCGCAGAGCGCAAUGUCGCUACCUCGUCGAGGAAGUCGGCUGUAAUUAUCAAAGUUCGCAGUGUCGGCUAUGUGCUGAACAUUACGCCGAAGUACGAUCUCUACGAGGUGUCGAGUGAACUCGUCAGGCUCUUGGUAGCGCGACCAAAGCGAAACGACGCAAUCGCUCUUGAGCGUAUCCUGACUGAGCCGCUUCGUCGCUUACAACAAAAGGGUAUUAAUGUAGAGCGCAUUCUACGUAGGAAAGAGCACGAAGCUCGCAUAGCCAGACAGGCAGAGCAAGAACGAGAGGAGGAAGAGCAACAGCGCCUGGCAGAGCAAGCCAAGUCUGGUCUUCUCAAGACGGAAGAGCGCGAAAACAUGCCACCUGCAACACCGGAGAAGAGCAACCGCAUUCCCGGGGCAUUCGACAGUCCAGAAACUGGUAUGGAGGUGGCGAAUCACGGACGUCAGCAAGAUGAUGGAGGUCUUAUCAACAACUGGGCGAAGAAACUUGGAUUCAAGAACACACCUGCCCCUACGUCUAGUGGCACAGACGGACCUCAGAUCAGCCGUGACAUCCAAGCCACCAAGUCUAACAUCCAAAACGCGAUCAAGGAGUGUCGUCCAACAGGCAUGGACAACAUCAACACUAAGCACCACCAAGACGCCACGGAGCUGGACCGCGGCGGCUACUGCACCGGUGAACAAUGGGAAAACCUGCACAAGGCAUUUUCCGUCCCCUUUUCCGGCCGUCAUGUAGAUGUCUAUUACGGCCGCGACGAAACUGCAGCCCCCGCGGAGCUCCAGGGUCAUCUCCAAGCCUUCCUACCCCUGAUCUUCGGACUAACCUCGCUCUUCACGGUCAACCCGGCCGCCGUCAACAUCUUCCUCGACAAGAAGUCGAAUACUGUUGCUUUCAAUCUGAACGGCAGUUUGUUCUUCAACCUGGCAUGGUUCAUUGCCCUCCAUGCUGACGCCUGCCACACUAAAGAGGGGAAGUUGACGGCUCUCGACAGCUGGUUCUGCACGUAUUGCCACGAACUGGCGCACAACCUUGUUGCCGAUCAUAAUGCAAGACAUUCUUGGUACCAGCAGCAGAUCAUUAUAGAGUACAGUCAGAAGUACCGUGCUGCAUUGGAAGGGUUUACACAGGGAAUGUUGAUUUGA